GCACCGCCCGAGGAGGCUCCUCCACAAGGCCAGCGGCGGGGAGGGCGCCCUGGACGCGGCCAUCUGGCUCUACCAGUUCUGCCUGAUCGUGCUGGGUGACUCGACGGUGGGCAAGUCCUGCCUCCUGCACCACUUCGCCGAGGGCCGCUUCCCGGGGCCCGCCAAGACUGACCCCACCGUCGGGGUGGACUUCUACUCCUGCCUGGUGGAGAUUGAGCCCGGCAAGAGGAUCAAGCUGCUGUUCUGGGACACGGCCGGGCAGAAGAGGUUCAGAUCAAUCACACGGUCCUAUUACCGACAUUCAGUAGGAGGCUUACUGGUGUUCGACAUCACCAAUCGUUCUUCUUUCGAUCAUGUGCGUGAUUGGCUGGAGGAAGCUAAAAUGCACGCGGACCCCUUCCAGCUGGUCUUUAACUUGGUCGGACAUAAAUGUGACUUGGAGUCCCAGCGUCAAGUUUCCAGAGAGGAAGCAGAAGAACUGGCUUCUGCCUGUGGCAUGAGAUACAUAGAAACCUCAGCCAAAGAUGCCACAAACGUGGAAGAGUCUUUUACCGUUCUGACGACAGAUAUAUACGAACUUGUGAAGAAUGGAGAGAUUACGGCGCAGGAUGGAUGGGAAGGGGUGAAAACCGAAUACGUUCCAGAUGCUGUACAUACCUUGGAGCGUGCUUACUCGCCCGGAGAGCAUUGCCCCUGCUAA